AUGGCCCCAAGAAAGAACGGCAAAUUCCCCAUCUUAACUCCUGAAGAGCUGAAGCAGGAGCCUGAUGUUGGCAUAGUUACUCCUGAAAUGCAGAAAGUUUUUGACGCCCAAAGAGCUUUCGAAAGAGAACGAUGUGGGAACGAGUUCAGAUUACAUGGUGGGAGCAGAGUGGCCUUUCAUUUUCAAAACAAUUCUAAUAAUAACGUGUUGUCCAAGCAAAGGCGUAGCGGUUAUGAACCGUCUGAUACCGAGACAGAUUUCAAUGAAAGUCCAUGGCGUGAACAUAAUAAGCCAAAAGAUGAAGAAGAUCAUUUGGAGUUUGUUAAGCCAAGGAACAACAUUAGCCCUUUAAAGCUAAGCCGAAGACACUCUUCGAGGUAUGAAUUCGGUGCUGCAGAGAAGAGAAGACAACACAACAGUAAGUCACCUUAUAAGCCAUCAAGAAGAGAAGAACAAGUCUUGGAUUUAGAGCAUAAUUUGGAUAAAGAUGAUGAUGAUGAUGAGUUGUUUAUGUAUCCAUAUAGAAAGCAAACUAAUAAGGUUGUUGAAGUUAAUAAGAAACCAAUUUACAUGAGCAAAAGAUCAGUAAGUGCUCCAAGAGUAAGGCAGAGAGAUAAGGAGAGAACAAUCUCACCAUUUUCGAAACCAAGACAAGCUCCUCCUCCUCCUCCUCCUGAUCAAGCGAAAGUGGUGGUGGCGCCUUCAAUAGGCGAAAUCAAUGAAAGAGUUGGGUAUGCAAAGCUUCACACUGCAAAUUUUGAGAGUACUGACUCAAUUUCACCAGGUGAUAUAUUCUUUUCUAGAGAAUGGAAUGUGUUGGCAUUGCCUAAAAAGAAAGGUGGUUCAGGAAACCAUUUUUGUCCAAAACCGAAAAUAGUAUCUCAAAGAUCAGAUUCUGUGCCUCACUUGAGAAGAGCAAAUAACAAUGUUAUUGACCAUCAUAAUAAGUCAUCAUCAACUACAAUCUUUACUACUUCAUCUGCAAGUAGGCCAGGAAGAAAUGGUAAGUUUAGUAGUGAGAGUAGUAAACUGAGUGAUGUGAGUGAGAAAACAACUGAGAGCAUGAAAAAUUUCACUGCUAAUAGGAAGAAGAAACAUCAGAAGGAGAAGGAGACAUGGUUUGGUUGUAUGAAGAAAGGGCCUUGUAGGACUUCAAAGUCACCUGACAAAACUCCAAGAACUACUUUCAAUGAGACCUUAUUCAUUGAGAGAGCUUAUGUGGUUGAAAAUCUCAGACAGUUCUGGGCUGAUAAGUAUCAACCUGCUUCAUUGAAUGGAUUCACUUUGCAUAAACAAGAAGCUCAAAUUCUCAAACAACUUGUGUCAGAUGAAAUAUGUCCCCAUAUUUUGCUGAAGGGGCCAUCUGGUUCUGGAAAAAAAGCAUUAGCAAUGGCUCUUCUGCGCGAAUUAUAUGGCGAUGAGAGUUGGAAUAUUUCACAUGAUUUAAGAUACUUUCAGAUUCAGGAAAACAGGCCAAUGCAAGUGGCUGUUCCAAUAACAUCAAGUCCUCACCAUUUGGAACUCAAUGUGAACUUGGAAUCAAAUGCUAAGUAUGCUCUGAUGGGAUUAGUUAAAGAAAUUGUCAAAGAUUAUACAGUUGCACCCGAAAUCAGCAUUGCUAAUCUCAGCUCAAAUUAUAAAGUAAUAGUUCUUUAUGAUGUUGACAAAGCAGCAGAUAACACCAUCCAACAUCUUAUAAAAUGGAUUUUUGACUGUUACUCACAUUCAUGUAAACUCAUCCUUUGCUGUGAAGAUGAUACAGAGAUAAUUGAGUCAGUCAAAAGUCAAUGCAAAACUAUCAAAGUCAAUGCUCCUGUAACUCAUGAGAUCAUGGAAGUACUGAUUCAGAUAGCAAGAAAGGAAGAAUUUGAUCUUUCUAUGGAGUUUGCAGCUAAGAUUGGUAUCAAAUCAAAACAGAAUCUUAGAAAAGCAAUCAUGGCCCUUGAAGCAUGCAAGGCUCACAACUAUCCUUUUUUGGAGGAUCAGCCAAUUCCACUUGGAUGGGAAGAGGUUGUGGUUGAAAUCUCAGCAGAAAUUCUAGCCAACUCCUCAUCUAACAUGUUAUUUGCCAUAAGAGGAAGAUUUCAAAAGCUUCUACUUGAGUUUGUUCACCCCAAACUGAUUUUACAGAAGCUUGUGGAACAAUUUCUAAAAGGAAUAGAUGCUAAUAUUAAAAGGGAACUUUAUUACUGGCAUGCUUAUUAUGACAAGAAAUUACCAACUGGACCAAGUGCUUUGCUAAAACUUGAAGGUAAGAUGUAAUAAUAAUAUAUAGUUUCAAUAAUAUGAAUGAAGUAAUUUGUCAUUUUAGCAACAAUCUUAGCUUAGUUAAUUAUGACA